GGGACAAACGCCGGGUUACCGCCCCUUCGGUUGUGAGCCGCACUGCGCUUGCUCAGUGUAGUAGCCGGUCAUGGCGGCGUUGUGUGCUUGUCCAUGAGGCGGGGGACGUAAUUCUUGCGGUCUGUGACAGAGCGAACCCAGCGAGGCCGCUGCCAUGGCCGGAGUGUUUGACAUUGAUUUGGACCAGCCGGAGCAAGACGUCUCCGAUGACGAGACUGACGAGGCGCAAAUCAAUGAGAUCAUGGAUCAGUGCAGCGGAUUUGAAUUUAACAUGGAAGGUUGUGAGAAGAUAGAGAUAUCAGAGGAUAACGUCAAUCAGGGGACAGAGAAUAUUAGACCAGAGUGUUUUGAACUACUACGAGUUCUGGGUAAAGGCGGUUAUGGAAAGGUUUUUCAAGUUCGAAAAGUCGUGGGAGGUGCUUCAGGCAAAAUAUUUGCCAUGAAAGUCUUAAAAAAGGCAAUGAUUGUACGCAACGCCAAGGACACAGCCCACACCAAGGCGGAAAGGAGCAUCCUGGAGGAGGUGAAGCAUCCUUUCAUUGUCGAUCUCAUCUACGCCUUUCAGACAGGCGGGAAGCUGUACCUCAUCCUGGAGUACCUGAGUGGAGGAGAACUCUUCAUGCAGCUUGAGAGGGAGGGCAUUUUCAUGGAAGACACAGCCUGUUUCUACCUUGCAGAGAUCUCCAUGGCUCUGGGUCACCUGCACCAGAAGGGCAUCAUCUACAGAGACCUAAAGCCUGAGAACAUCAUGCUAAACAAUCAAGGCCAUGUCAAGCUAACAGAUUUCGGACUGUGUAAAGAGUCGAUUCACGACGGUACAGUCACCCACACUUUCUGUGGUACCAUUGAAUACAUGGCGCCAGAAAUUUUAAUGCGAAGCGGACAUAACAGAGCUGUAGAUUGGUGGAGUCUGGGGGCUCUGAUGUACGACAUGCUCUCUGGGGCGCCGCCAUUCACUGGUGAAAACCGCAAAAAGACCAUUGAUAAAAUCUUGAAGUGCAAGCUCAUCCUCCCACCCUACCUCACACAGGAAGCCAGAGAUCUCCUCAAACGGUUGCUGAAGAGAAAUGCCUCAUCGCGGUUGGGUGCAGGCGCUGGGGAUGCCACAGAGGUGCAGGCACAUCCCUUCUUCCGACACAUCAACUGGGAGGAUUUGCUGGCUCGUAAAGUUGAACCGCCCUUCAAACCGUUCUUGCAAUCAGCUGAAGACGUCAGUCAGUUUGACUCUAAAUUCACCAGUCAGACACCAGUCGACAGCCCUGAUGACUCAACGCUUAGUGAGAGUGCCAAUCAAGCUUUCCUGGGAUUUACGUAUGUGGCUCCCUCAGUCUUAGAAAAUAUCAAAGAGAAAUUCUCCUUUGAGCCAAAAAUCCGAUCACCUCGACGAUUCAUCGGCAGCCCGAGAACGCCUCUCAGCCCAGUCAAAUUUUCAGGGGGGGACUGCUGGCCACGGAAUGUCCUGCUCCCUGGUGGAGGGCAGAGUGUCCUCCAGGCUCCUCAGGACCAGGCCAUGGAAGUUUCCACUUCAGAGCAGAUGGACGUGACCACCAACUCGGAGGCCUCCGCCCCUCUUCCAAUCCGUCAGCCUGCCGGAGUUAACCUGGCUCAGAUAAAGCAGCAAGCGUACCCCGUGGUGGCCAAAAGGCCCGAGCAUUUACGUAUGAACCUAUGACCCAGCUCUCGUCUUCAAAAAGUUUAUUUCUUGACUUUUUUUUUUUUUGAAGCAAAGCAAAAAGGUAUGGAUGCCAGAGACAUUGUCAAUCAAAUCUUGCCCAUCCGCACACUACACGUGCUGUCGCCGCGCAGCGAUGAAAUGCCGGCCCAGGAUGCCAGCGCUCCUCAGUACAUUCAUUCAGCGUUUCUGUCGCGAUGUUUCACAACUUUUGACCUCCACAGACACACACCGCAUCUUACCGAGCCGGAGUCAAGAAAAACCCAGAGAAGUUCGGAGGAGCUACAGCGAGAGAUUUUUCCCAGCAAGCGUGGUCUGCUGUACAAAAAAAAAAAAAAAAAAAAAAGACAUCCAAAGUGCUUUGUGCUGUUUCGGUGAGUUCCUUUCAAGAAGUCUUGCUGGGAGACAAAUGAGUCCUGAUUCAAUGACAAAAGGUUUAAUUAGGUUUAUAGUUCAAAAGAGAGGUAUCGGUGUGGCUUACGCUGGCAUCUAAUAUGGAGCUAUCCAUUGAAUGAAUUUGAAGGCCUGAACUUGUAAACCUCACAAUUUUCGGGGGGCUGGGGGGUUCACUUUUUGUCAUUGUGAGUUAAUUGUGCUUGGAGGCACAUACUGACUGAGAUACUACUUCUGGAAUUCUUGCUUGGAUUAUCGUCAUUUGACAUUUUUGAAGAACCUCCACCUCACCGUCGCUGCUCCUGGUGCUACCAGUUGAUCUGAGCACUUCAGUUAAAAAUGCUCUCCAAAAAAAAAAUUUCAAGGUGCAUUAGCUACUUUGCAUCGAGCUCGCGCGUUUGGGAGGACAUUUUAAGAUUA